AUGUAUUAAUUAGAAGACCUAUUAGAGAAACCAGAGAUUUAUGAAAAUUUAUCAUUAUUUAAGGACUUUAUAAAAGGAGUUCAUAAAUUGUGUGAUUAAUUUGAAGAUAAAAUAAAAAUGAUUCCUAAAUAGGAAUUUUUAGAUGAAGAAAAAUCAAAAAAGGGUGUAGAAAAUUAAAUUAAGAAAAAGAUAAAAAAGGGAGAUAUAAAGAAUUAGAUGAACUAAACUAUUCCAGUAGGGGAAGGUAAUAUUAAAAAUUUAUUAUAGGAAAAGUAUAAUUAGAUACAAAAUAAGAUUAAAAUGAGAAAUUAUGCUUAAAGAUAAUUUUAUUACUUAAUUUAGACAUAAGAUUAUAGACCAGAAUUUGAAGAUAAAUAAAGAAAUCCAUCAGAUCAAUAAUAAAUAAACACAAAAAGCUAGUAAAAAAAAAAGUAGAAAAAAGUCAAAAGAGGAAAGGUGGUUUUGCCAUAAAUGGAGGAAGAGGAUUCUUUUGGUGGGAAUAUUGUAUAAGAAUAUUAAUGA